UGUAAAAGUAUUGGGUAUGUUUAUGGAAGUUUUAUGGGUGUACGGGAGUUUCGCUUUUGACGCUGGACUACAACUCCCAAAUUUGCUCGUGGCAGAUUCAUUAGAAACUUCCGGGUUAUGUGUGCUUGAGUUCCCCGCCUUUUGAGUGGUGUCCUCGGGACGUCGCCUUACUGUAAUACGCUGACGGUUUGUGAAUUUGACGCUUUCUAACGGGUUUCAGAGACUUUCUUUGAAUAUGCAGCUAACCGUUCAACAUUGAACUCUUUGUGUACGCCAUCAAGCUGCGAUGUUGCUGCCGUCUGACGUCGCCCGGCUUGUUUUGGGAUACCUCCAAGAUGAAGGACUGACCGCAACAAGCCAAGCUUUCAUUCAUGAAAGUCCAAACUUGAGAGAGUAUGCCGACCACACCACAGGAGAUGGGACAAUUCCUGCGUGUGUGUUUUCUGUCUUUGGGAAAGGCCUAACAAUGAUAUUGAACGAGUAUGUGGCUGCUAAAGCAAAAGAGUCAAGUCGAGAGGUACCUGUCAUGAUGACUUCCUUGUGGAAAAAGCUGGAUUUUACACUAAACCAGAUCAAAUCAUUGCAAAACUCCCCAGCUAUAUCAGCAUGUCAAAGAACUCGUUCACGGGUUGGAUUGGCAAACAUGGCCAGACAGCGGGUCUUAGCAGUGACUUCAGCCAAUGCUGUAGUCUGCUCAACAGUUUCCGAUGCAAGCUCCAUCAUGAGCCCAGCCCACACCUCCCACGGCAUGCUGGGCCACUCCACUCCUGUGGGCUGCAGCGCCCUCCCCACCCGACUAGCUACUGGCAGUGGUGCCCAUCAGCUGACCCAAGAUAUCAGCCGAUUAGUUAACAGUCCAAGAGAUUCCCCAGUACAGAUAAUUGUUUCAGAACAUCGGUUAAAUCCAGGCCCAAUGUCUCCUGGGCGGAGGAAAUGGGACACCCCUCGGAAAAGAAGUGGUGCUUCUUGUGGGCCGAGUGGCCCUGCCAGAGGUGCCAUGGCUGUCAGUGGCCAGAGUGCUGAGUCCCAACCUGAGGAGACUGUCGAUGAGAACUUUCCUCAACUUGUGAUACAAAACGCACGAGACAAGAUAUUGGGAGAUAGAUCGCUGCAAGAGAAGCUUGCUGAAAACAUCAACAAAAUCCUUGCCAGUGAUCCAACACCCCAAAUACCAAAGCCUUCAUCAAGUACAGUGGAGGCAGACCAGUCUAUAGAUGAAAUCCUAGGAUUACAGGGGGAAAUCCAUAUGAGUGACGAUGCCAUUCAUGACAUUUUGGAGCAAACAGAGUCUGACCCAGCUUUUCAGGCUCUCUUUGACCUCUUUGAAUACAGUAAAAACAAGGAGAAUGGAGAGCAAGAGGAUGAAAAUAUCAACAGUAUUCCAGAAGAGAGUGACACAGCUGGACCUUCGACUACAGUCAGAUCUCUUCAAGGUGAUGAGCCAGGCACUGCACAAAAAGAAACUAACUCCUUGGAUCAAACACCAAACACAGUGAAGAUAAGAGCACCAGACCAGAAAGAGCGCAAGACAAGAAAGUCAACUGCUCCCACUUUGUUAAAGAAAACGGUUCUUGGCCCCAGCAACCGAACAUCUAGAAUUGAAAAUAGCUCAGCCAGGUUAUUAAUCAGUCAUGCACCUGCUACAGUUGACUCAAACAGAAAACUAAAAGCCUCACUCGUCAAUAACAGUGCUUUUGAAACUCCAAUGGAUAUUGAUGAACCACUGAAUACGCCUCCAGCUCUCUCGGACAUUAUGGCAACUCAGGAGCCUACAACAGAAGACAUAGCUUUGACCCCAACUGUCCUCAAUGACUCAACAAUCCCCACUCCAAGAGCCCCUGUUGUAUUUGCUGUACCGGGAGGGACAGCAACCUCUAAUAAGGACAAAAAACCGGAGUUCAAACGGGCACAUGGAUCUAAAGAGCAACCUGCUGCAGUCUGCUUAUCAGCUCUAAGUAAUCCCUUUGCAUGUUUGUCUCCUUUACAAGAUGAAGUAAACAACCUUCCAACGCAGACUACUGACCUACCUCAUAUGUCAAUCCCAACCAGCGGAGAUGACAACCAACUAGUGUUAACUCUCUCCACUAUUGAAUCUGCCUCAUCAGCUUCAACUGUGCCUGCCUUGCCUUCAUCAGCUUCCUCUUCUGCAUCCCUUAUAGCAACACCUUGCUCUCUCACAACUGCUUCAACCUUUACUACACUAACACCUACACCUGCCACAUCCACACCUGCAUCUAACUCCCCUUGUGCCCGAGUUGUUGCUGCACCUGAUCCUCCAAAUGACAUCCACACUACCCCAAGCAAGACUGCAGCUGAUCCCAAUAUAGUUUCUUUGAAGAUCAUCAUCAGUGAUAACCAGGAUGAGCAUUCUUCUAGUGACACAGCCUUGAAUCAGGCAAUUACUAGUAUAUCAGGAGAAAAAAUACCUACCAUCUUUCUCUCUUCUCCAGCUAAGGCUCCUGCAGGUUCUUGCACACCGAAAAACAACUUGGACGAGGCAGCACUGGCAGUUAGUGGCUUACAGAGCUCUGAGGGACAUCCAAGUCCUCUCAGCAUUAAGGCUGGGGCUGUAGUUGCAUCCCCACUAACUGGGACAUCUCAGGGACCUCAGAACUACAUUAUCCAACUACCCCUGGACACCACUAACCCUGCUCUCCAAGUAGCCACUACCAGCUAUUUCUUUGUAACUGAACCUCCAGUCACAGAUGCUCAAAGCAGACAGGUGCUACUGUCUCCUGGUGUCUCCAAGGGACAGUCUUUGCCCACCAACCCGUUUGAGUUAACUUCACCAACUCACUCUCAAGGAUUCUCCCAUGGGCCAUCACUCAUCUUACCAUCAUCUGUUAAGCCCAUGAUGCUCCCUGUUUCUGUUGUGGGCCAGAAAACUCUGGGAAGAGUUCAGAUGGUGUCAAAUCAGCUUGUCGCCAUCCCGUCACAGACUGUCAAGCCCAAGCAGCCAACACUGGCUAUCAAACAGCCUACAAAUGCAGGGGCAGAGCAACAUCUGGUUGGUAAGUUGGUUCAACCUGCAUCCGCUGAAAACACAAGCCAAAAGGAUACGGAAAAGGGUCCUAAACACAGGAGGAUUUUAUGUUUUGACCCGUCUGCAGAAAUUCAACCAAAAAAUGCUAAACCCAGCUUACUUCCAGCUACAAAUAGAGCUACAUCACAACCUGUUCAGCAGAUCAAGACAGGUAACCCACACCCUGCCCCUCGAACAAAGCCUACUAUCUUGGGUGGCAACAGGCCCAAGAGGAGGGUACAGCCUGUAAGAUGCUCAACAGAUUCUCAGACUGGAGCAGGUUUUGGGAGAGAGGAAGAGAAGCUUCCUCAACAGCAGCAGAAAGAUCCUGUUCAAGAGAACCCUGGCAAACAAGACAGCGGACAGAACCAAGAGUCUCAAAGUAAGGCAGAUGAGUUGAGGCUUGAGCCUUCAAAUAAAGCAGAAAUGGUUAGAAAAUCACAGUCUAUUGACAGGAAACACAGUUUCGAUAAGGGUGAUGAGGGAACAACUGCAAAGGAUUCUCACCGAUCCAGGUCACUGUCUGCUGACACUGCACUGAAAUCAGGAACUAGAAAGGAAAAAGAGAGCAGCAAAAAAGAACUUGCAGAAAAGGCUCCUGCUAAAUCACAUGAGGGUCAUACAGAAAAGAGAACUCCCUCUCAGGAGCUGCCAAAUGUGACAGCUAACAAGGAGAAUGAAAUUAAGGUCAUCCCACAAGAGCAGUCAACACCGUCAUCCUCAUCAUCGAGAGACCUGAGUUCUCCGACUGUGACCCAGUCUACAUCUAAUCCCUCGUCCAAGGCUGCAAAAACUCCCUCAAAGACCAGCUCUCUUGCAAAGCAGGCAGCUGAGAUGCUACAGGACAUCCAGGGGCAUAACUCCCCUUGCACUCCAGUUAAGAGGCCAGGAGCUGGCAGUUCAGACCUUAGUCUCUCUUGCAACCCUGGUACUGCGGUUAAUGAGGAUGAGUCUACUGACUCUGCCAAGACUCCUUCUCGACAGAGGAAGGGCAGAGAUAGAGAGGGGACUCCAAAACAUCUAUUGCCACCAAACACCCCAGAUGUCCCCACCUGCAGUCCAGCCAGUGAAGCUGGCAGUGAAAACAGUAUCAAUAUGGCUGCUCACACACUCAUGAUUCUUUCUCGUGCGGCCAUCGCUAGGACUGGCACUCCACUGAAGGACAGUUUGCGUCAGGAGGGAGCUGGAGAAAAGAUGUCCGCAAGCUCGAAGAACUCUAAGAAGCGUAAACCGUCUUCUCCCACAGCCAGCCCGCCUGCAAAGAAAGACAGAGAACGGAAGAAACUUAUGGAUUGCUUUCCCCUUGACUUGGAUGUGGACAAGUUCCUAUCUUCGCUUCACUAUGAUGAAUGAAACUGGACACAGCAAGAGAAAAGGGCUAUCAUUUUACUACCUGAUUAAGUUACUUCCUUGGAAUAGAACAAGCCAUCUGCUAAACCUGUGCCUAUGGUUCCUACAGGUAACCUUACCCAGGACCUUACCAGCUCCUUCAGCUAAUGAGUGACUUUGAUUUGGUUGAUUUGUUUCUCAUAUAAAUGACAGGUGGUAGGCUUCAUGUCCUGUUCAAUGCAUCAGCAGCACAACCAUGGCACUUUGUUAUGUUUUGUAUUCAUAUAUUCACUGUUUUUGAAUCCUCAUUGUUUUGAACUACAGCAAAGCAAACUUCUGGGCCCAAGGAUAUAAUGGAUGCUUGUGGUUAAAGCAAAGUUCAAAGCAUUACUUGGUCAAUAUUUGACUCUAGGUUGAAGAAUUUACGAAUGAUGACUGACAUUUUGAAACAUGUCUACCAGUUUCACAGGAUGAAGAGCGCUCAAUGAUUUCAGCUUUUAAGGAAAAGAGAAAAUUGUGAAGCAAAUUGAUUCAAAGGUUAAUGUACAGAUCAAAUUUAAUGGUUAACUACGUUUUUCUUGUCACAUACAAUAAAGUGCAGUCAAUAAAUUAAUUGUUGCAACUGCUUGAA